AUGGCAGAGCCCGCGGGGGCUUCUCUAACAGAUGCAAUGUCUUCUUCGAUGGCGGAACCAAAAAGACACUCAGCAUGCGAUGAGUGUAGGAAACGAAAGCUCAAGUGCUCGGGGGAGCCCAGUGGGUGUUCCCGGUGCCUGAAGCAGUCAAUAACAUGCAACUAUUCAGAACAGAAGCCCAUGGGCCGACCACCUAAGAAACGGGCGCGGUCAGACGAUGACGGAGGCGAUAUCUCCAUGCAGGGCAACCAUGCCUGGCCCACUCCAGAAGAUACGCCGCCAGACUCUGUCACUAUGGGACACGAGCAGGAUGUGCCAACAGACGCGCUGUAUCUUUGCCCACAGUUCUUCGUCCAUCAUGGUGGCCCGUCGCAGUCAUCGGAAUCAGAUCUACUCGCCGGCGACGACGACCACAACCAUAGCUGGCGCCCUGAUCGUCUGAGAAAUUCCAAUCUGCCAGUUCCCGAGUCUUCAAGUCCGUGGCCUGACUUUGCAACGGUGUCCGAAUCAACAUCGGCGCUCUUUGCACCCCCAACAAACUUCCUUAACGCCCAAUCCUUGCCUUUAACCCCUCCCAUGACCAACCUCGCCGACCCCGCCACCCCGCAAUGUACAUGCUUGUCAUAUCUGUACCUCUGCCUCAGUCACAUAUCCUCUAUCGCCUCCUUCCCCGUCAAUUCUCAUACGCUAUGCUCCCUCUACAUCGCAGCCAGAACCGCGCAGGACGUGAUUCGCUGCGAAGCAUGCCCCAAAAACUUUGCAACGGGCGUCCAAAACGUCAUGUUCUGCGGAACCCUGCUCACAGUCGUCGCAGACGCUUGGCUACGAGUUUAUACCAGCGACGCAUCCGAACUGGGGCCGCAGUCUGCGCCACCAGAAUAUACAAGCAAAGUCAUGCAAUCUGCGAAUCCCGCAGAAGGCUGGAAGAACUGGCUUCGUCAGAUCGUCCGUCGUGCUGUAGUGGGUGGAUCUCUGAGUCCAGAGGCUGGUACCCGCUGUUCUGGCCAGCGCGAUCUUCUCUCUUUGAUUAGAGAAGUCGAGAACCGUCAGCGACGCUGGCAUACACCUGGACAGCACCCGCUACCAGAACGCCACCCCAUGUAUCCCAUGGGCUUUGGGCAUCAUCAACAUGAUGGAGAAGAGCCUCCUGAUGAAAAGGAGCUGCUGUGCAUGCGCGUGGUUGGUAGCGCGAGAGCUGUCCUCUCGAAAUUCAAUUUCGAGCCUCAUGACUUUCCCGAAGGGGUCAUACCUGAUGAUAUGAAACGAACAUCACCCCCAUGA